CACCAAAGUGCGGCGAUCAUCUCUCUCCCGCGAAUCGCCGGGACCUUCACCGUCGCCUGAGGGGGAAUCGGCGAUGGCCUCCUUCGUCGGCGACGAGUCGCCCACCGCCGGGUCGGCCCGGCCCUUCGACGGCGACGGCUACGUCGGGUACGACCCUCGCCUGCCCUCGCAGCGGUUCGACUACGAAGCCGACCCGCCGCCGGUGUUCGGUGCGCCGUCGUACGGGUCGGCCGAGGACGUGUUCGGGUCCGAGGCGGCCGCGGCGGCGGCGGCGGAGUCUCCUCCUCCGGCGCCGAUGUACGCGGGAGGCGGCGGGUUGUCUCCGGAGCAGAACGGCGAGGGCUCCCAAGGGGGUUUCGGCGAGCCGGACGGCCCGAUCCUGCCGCCUCCGGUGGGCAUGCAGCCGGAGGAAGGGUUUGCUCUGAGAGAGUGGAGGAGGUUAAAUGCGAUCAGGUUGGAGGAGAAGGAGAAGAGGGAGAAAGAGCUGCUGGUGGAGAUCAUCGAGGAGGCGGAGCAAUACAAGAUCGGAUUCUAUCGGAAACACUGCAUAUCCGUGGAGAACAGCAAGUCUUCCAAUAGAGAAAGGGAGAAGUUAUUCUUGGCCAACCAGCAGAAGUUCCACGCUGAAGCCGAGAAGGACUAUUGGAAGUCAAUUGCAGACCUCAUACCUCGUGAAGUUCCAACAAUUGAGAAAAGGGGGAAGAAGGAGAAGGAGAAGCAGCCCUCCAUCAUGGUUAUGCAGGGGCCGAAACCAGGGAAGCCAACCGAUCUCUCAAGGAUGCGUCAGAUAGUUAUCAAGCUUAAGCACAAUACUCCUCCCCAUAUGAAACCUAACCCACCGGAAGCAACAGAAUCUAAAAAAGAUGCUAAACCCGGUGCACCGGCCGCUGGUGCAGCCCCGGCUGCUCAAGCUUCCCCUAAGGCUGUUGUAGCGGCAGCUCUGAAGGUUUCAUCUACUGCUUGAGCGCUCUCGGUGUGGACCUGCAAUUUGUGGUUGCUAGUAUUGCAGAGUUAUAGUUCGAGGUCAGGGAUGUUAAGUUCAGGGUGUAGUAAAUCAUAGAACAUCAGUUUUAUGUGCAUCUUGUAUAGAUUCAGUCCUUUUCUGUGCAGAAUGUAGAAAAAAAACUCUAGCUCUUGUACUUUUGGUAUCAGUUUUGUCAGGCUUAAUGUUCUGGUGUGCGUUUGUGUUCAUAUGGUCUCUGCUUAUAAAAUUUCUUGUCCUGUA